AGACCCUGACGCACUUAAUGUGAUUCCGGCCUAAAGGAAUAGCACCAUAUUUACUUCGUCUAUAACUUGAAACCGUAGUCAACGUUAACAAGUGUGAGAAUAAUUCUGAUAUUUAAAAUAUAUUAGAAAAAAAGAAUGCCUCUCGAUCUUCCUGCAUUUUCGUACGCUGCAGCGAUUGCUGCAGGUGGAAUCAUAGGUUAUGUAAAAUCAAAUUCUAUUCCAUCACUGGGAGCUGGACUGCUCUUUGGUUCUAUCAUAGGAUAUGGAGCUUAUCAAACUUCUCAAGAUCCCAGCAAUUAUGGAGUAUUACUUGGAACAAGCUGCGCCCUUGGUGGACUCAUGGGUUACCGAUGCUAUAGUACUGGGAAAUUUAUGCCAGCUGGUAUGGUUACAUUAUUAAGUGUUCUCAUGAUUACUAAAAUUGUAACAAGGAAUUUCAAUUCACCGGUAGCAAGAGUGCAGUAAGUGAGGUGAAGGUGCAACAGGGAUAUUUGCUAUAAAUAUAUUAUUAAUGGAUGGAAAUAGUUGGAAUGAAGUGUUCUCUAUUAUAGUAUGGUUAAUGUAGAAUAAUGUUUAUUGUAAGUCAGCAAGGAAAGGAGUAUUUUCAAUUUGUCUUUCCUAAUACCUAAAUAUGUUAGUCAUUAUGAAUCAGCUGUACAUAGAUUUGUAUGUUAACAGCAUAUAUUGAAAUGUAUAACUUUCUUUUAUAUUGGAUGAUAAAUACAUUACUACUUUGUGCCAUGUAUUCUUCCGAAUAA